AUGUUUGAAUCCAUGCGUAGAGUGUUUGUUGAGAGCGUUGAGAAGACAUGGCAUACCUUAGCCUCACAUGGAGAAGCAGGGGAGCAGCCAUGGGAUGAGGAGCCUAACUUAUAUAAGAAAGACAUCAUGAUGUGUGCAUCACAGCUUCGAGACGGUGUGGACGUGGAUGUGAAGGUUCAAGCUAUACGGAAGAUGGGGCAUUUGGCGUAUACAGGAGGUACAGAUGUGGCUAAAUUUACCGGUUCCUACCUCGAAACCCUGUCUGUAAUACUCAAAGAUGACACAAGCCCACCCUCGCUCAAGACACAAGUUGUAAAAUCUCUGAGUGAGAUUUGCCGGGCACACCGAGACAACUGCCAGCGUGCCGAAAGCCUUGCCCUCACCCCGGACCUCGCGAGGUUAAUCCAGGCGAAUGAAAGCGAGCCGCGCCUGGUGCGGUGGUGCUGCUACGCCUUGGUCGUACUCUGCUCGUCUGGGAUGAGCUAUCUUCGUACUCUGAUGGAAUGGUCGGACGGGGAUAGCGGGAGUUUCAAGGAGACUUUAGAAGAGCUUGAGAAUGAGUCUUGGAAAGGGUGGCCGAGGAACUACGCUGCUGUUCUCAGGGACUUCUUGGGUCAUGUCACAGUGGACUUAAAUGUGAAAAAAUAA